UAUUUGUCCCUAAGCUCUCGCCGUAGCAGCCGCCGCCCAUCCCUCUUUGUGUGCAUCGGAAGCCGGGGAGCCGGUGGCGGCGACGGUGGCGUUGGGGGUUUAGGCGAGGGACAUUACCGGGAAGUUACAGGCGGGAGGACUGUUCCCCGUCCCGGCACCUGACAGGUCACCAACAUGUCGGACAAAAGUGAACUAAAGGCAGAGUUGGAACGUAAGAAACAGCGGUUGGCCCAAAUCAGAGAGGAAAAGAAGAGAAAAGAAGAAGAAAGGAAAAAAAAAGAAACUGAUCAGAAGAAGGAAGCUGUUGCUCCUGUACAAGAAGAAUCAGAUCUUGAAAAAAAAAGAAGAGAAGCCGAAGCACUGCUUCAAAGCAUGGGUCUAACUCCAGAAUCCCCCACUGAUGUGCUAGUACAUGGUUAUUUAUUCAAAAGAGCUGCAAGAUGACUUAUAGUUGUUAGCAUACACUGAACCAUCGUUGACUAUU